AUGGCUAAUGCAUCACAAAUUCAGUUUUCAUUAAUUAAUUCACUCGGUUCGCUUGAAUUUGGCAAAUCUUUUCUAAAUCAACCACGUGGUAUUGCUUACCGACCAAAUGACGGAUUAUUAUUCAUUGCGGAUUCCAAAAACGAACGUGUCGUUGCAUUUACCGAAGACAAUAAAUUAGCGAAGAUUAUCAGUCAUUAUGGAACAAAAAAUGGUCUAGCUGUCAUGAGUAAUGAUCAAGUACUAAUGAGCGAUGAACUGCAGGUGUUAGUUUUAAGUAGUGACCUUCGUCUAACACGAACAAUUGCUUGCGAUGAUGCUCAAGCUGGUCUAACGAAUUAUCAAGGCAUAUGUGUCGAUGAACAUGAUUUAAUCUAUGUGUGUGAUCAAGCUAAUCGACAAGUGAAAGUUUACGAUCCGAAAAGCGCGAAUCUCAUACGGUUUUUUGGUGAUAAGAAUCUGUUUAGUUCACUUGGUUAUUGUACAGCAGCAAAUGGACAUAUCUAUAUCACAGAUCCUCAAGGUUCAUGUGUUCAUAAAUUCACGUUGGAUGGCAUCUAUGAGAAACGCUUCGGAAGCGAAACAUCAGCUAGCUUUCCUCAUCCCCUGUCAAGUCCACGUGGUAUAACAGCAUUCUCUGAUAAACAUCAAUUACUCAUCGCUGAUUCUCACAAUGAUCGUUUGGUGCUUUUCGGUGAAGAUGGCGAAUUUCAAAAGUUACUCACAACUGGUAUUGAAUAUCCUGAAUCGUUAGCAACGAAUAACAAAGGUCAUGUAUUCGUUGCUAUGACCGAUCGAAUCGAUGUAUUUUCUCGAGAAAAUUAA